AUGGCUAAAAAGAAAUCAGGUUCAAGGGCCAAAAGUUCAAAGAGAGCUUUGAAUGCCUUAGAGUUAGCAGAAAGGGAAUUAGAAGGUUAUGAUUCUGAAUCUGAAGCAAGAAGAUAUAAUUCUCGUUCUAACGGGACUGUGGUCAAUUUAUUAAAGAAAGUCCAAAGAGGUAGAUCCAAUGAUAAUGAUGAUGAUGAUGACGAAGAGAACUAUAAUGAUAGUGACGAUUCAUUCGAAGAUGAAGAAUUAGAUUCUGACGAAGCUUUAGGUUCUGAUGAUGAUUAUGAUGUAUUGAAUUCAAAAUUCUCUCAAACUAUUCGUGAUAAAUCCAAAAAAAAAAUGGUAAAAAAGAUAAGAACUACAACGAUGAUGAAGAUGAAGAUGAAGGUGGAUAUACUUCUAUUUGAUGAAGAAGAUUUGAUGCCUCUAUCAGCUGUUUGGGAUUUAGAUUCUAAAGCAACUUCUACAGAACAACAACAAAAUAACAGUGACAAUGAAGCAGGUCAGCUUGAAUUGCAAAAUGAUGAUCAGGAAUCCGGUAUGAGUUCCAGCAGCGAUAGCAGUGAAGAAGGGUCCUCCUCCAGCGAUGAUAAUGACGACGACGAACAAGAAGAAGAAAAUCCAUUUGAUGAAAUUUCUAGUGAUGAAGGUGAUGUGGAACUUAGAAAUAUUACUUCCGCAUUAUUAAAGGAUUCAUCUAGAAUCAAUCCAAAACGAUUAGAUACUUACGGUGCUGGUGAAGAAAAUGAAUUUGUCUUACCAUCUGCAAGCAAGACUCAAAAGACUAAAUUAAGUUUAACUGAUAUGAUGAAUGUUAUAGAUGAUAAAGAGGCCAUUGCAGAUGCAACUUUAAUUAACGGGAAAUCCACCAUGACUGAAGUACCAUUACCUCAAAGAAUUCAAAAAAGACAUGAACGUAAGGCAGCUUAUGAAAUAUCUAAGGAUGAAGUGAAUAAAUGGAAAGAUGUUAUUCAACAAAAUAGAAGAGCUGAUCAUUUAGUUUUCCCAUUGAAUCCGACAACGGAACAUAAUCACGCUUCAGCUUUUACCAGAACCACUGAUGAACCCAAGACUGAAUUACAAGAUAAAAUUGAUCAAGUAUUGAAAGAAAGUAAUUUAGUGGAUCCUCAAAAGGAUUCUACAUUUGAGGAUUUAGCUACAGCUAAAAUGUCACCGGAAGAAAUGAGAAAGAAAACUGCUGAAGUUAGAUUAAUGAGAGAAUUAAUGUUCCGUGAAGAGAGAAAGGCAAGAAGAUUAAAGAAGAUAAAAUCUAAAUCUUAUCACAGAAUUAAGAAGAAGGAACUAUUGAGAAAUAAAGAAAUGGCUGGUAUAUCAGAUGAAAGUGAUACAGAACUUGAUAUUGCUAGAGCUAAAGAAAGAAUGACUUUGAAACAUAAGACUAAUUCCAAAUGGGCAAGAGAUAUGAUCAAACAUGGUAUGACUAAUGAUCAAGAAACAAGAGAAGAGAUGGAAGAAAUGUUGAGACAAGGAGAACGUUUAAAGAAUAAGAUAUUAGAUCGUGAUGGUUCUGAUGAUGAUGAUGAAAAUAGAAAGGAAACUCUAGAUGAUUUUGAGAGAGCUGAACAAGAAGAAGAAAAUAAUAAUAAUAUUAAAGAAAACGUAGGAAAGACAGGUGUCAUGAAUAUGGCCUUUAUGAAAAAUGCUGAAGUAAGAGAAAGGGAAGCUAAUCAAGAAACUAUAGCAAAACUGCGUACAAUGGAAAAUGGUCAUGGUGGUGAUCUCUCAUUAUUUGAUAGUGACAAUGAUGAAGGGAAUGGUGAAUCUGUUCAUUUAAAUAAAGGUAGAAGAGUCUAUACCCCUGGUAAUCUUGAAUCCCGUAAGGAAUUGAAUGAAAUUGAAGAUGCAGCAAGAAAAGAAACUGAAAUUGAUAAUUCAAGAUCUCUUGAAAAUAGAAUGAAGAAGAAGAAUGUACCAAUGACUGCCAGUGGUCUUGAAAUUAGAAGUGAGGAUGACGAAGUUCAAAAAGAAGAAGAAAAUGAGAAGGGUAGGGAAGAAGAAAAGAAACAAACAAGCGAGAAUGCCAAUCCUUGGUUAGAUGAUGGUAGUGAUGAUGACAAUUCUGGAACAAUCAAACAUUCAACAAAAGUACACAUAGUUGAUAAAGACAGUUCGAAAGUAAGUAAAAGAGCACAAAAGAUUGAGAAAGAAAUAACGAAACAAAUAAGGAAAAACAAGACUUCUAAAGAGAGAAAAGAUGACGAAUUAUUGUUAUCAUCAACUAAUAAUGGUAAAAGUUUGAAAUUUGUUGAUCAAUAUGGUGGGUCUGACGAAGAAACUCCAAGCUUUAUGUUCAAGCAACAAGAGGUGAUAGUAGAAGCUUUUGCCGGUGAUGAUGUUGUUGCUGAAUUUGAAGAUGAGAAGAAAAGAGUUAUGGAAGAUGAAGAUGAUAAAGAAGAAGAUGCAACACUUCCCGGUUGGGGUGAUUGGGCAGGAGUAGGAGCAAAUCCAAAGAAGAAGAGGAAAUUUAUCAAGAAGAUCAAAGGUGUUGUAACGAAGGAUAAAAGAAAGGAUAAAAAUUUGAAAAAUGUUAUAAUAAAUGAAAAAGUUAAUAAGAAGAAUUUGAAAUAUCAAUCAUCUGCUGUACCUUUCCCCUAUGAAAGUAGAGAGCAAUAUGAAAGAUCAUUACGUUUACCUAUUGGUGAACAAUGGACAUCAAGAGCAUCUCAUCAAGCAUUAAUUAAGCCUAGAAUUAUGACGAAACCAGGUCAAGUUAUUGAUCCUUUAAAGGCUCCAUUUAAAUAG